AUGAGAAUUCUAAUCUCUUCCCUCCUUCUGUUGCUGCCACUAAUGCUGAUGCCUAUGGUCUCUAGCAGCCGAAAUCCAGGGGUCGCCAGAGGCCAUCGGGACCAACGCCAGGCUCCUAGGAGGUGGCUCCAAGAAGGCAGCCAAGAAUGUGAGUGCAAAGACUGGUUCCUGAGAGCUCCUAAAAGAAAACUCAUGACAGUGCCCGGGCUGCCAAAGAAGCAGUGUCCCUGUGACCAUUUCAAGGGCAGUGUGAAGAAAACCAGGCACCAAAGGCACCACAGGAAACCAAACAAGCACUCCAGAGCCUGCCAGCAAUUUCUCACACGAUGUCAGCUGGAAAGCUUUGCUCUGCCUUUAUAG